AUGCAAACUAUCUAUGAUACAUCACAAACUAAUAAAACUAGGGGUAGCGUUAAAGAAAUUCAUUUUGGAAAUCAGAAUGAGAGUCAGGUUCAUACUUUCGAAUUCGUUGAAUUAGAGUCAGGGCAAAGUUGGGUUGCUGGGUUAGAUUAA